AUGACGGGCCUGAAUGCCGAAACCGAGUCCAUACUUUCCAUAGCAUGCUUCGUCACCGACUACGACCUGAACUUGCUGGAUGACACGGGAUACGAAGCCUUCAUUCACCAUGACAAGACCAGACUCGACGAGAUGGAUGAUUGGUGUACAAAACACCACGCCAAAUCGGGUCUCACUGAAGCAUGCAUAGCUUCCACCACCACCCACGAGCAAGCAGCCGAGGGUUUGCUCGAGUAUGUCAAGCAAUACGCUCCGGAGCGUCGCAAGGCCCUUCUCGCCGGGAACACGGUUCAUGCGGAUAAGAGCUUCCUCAACAAGGAACCCUACAACGCCUUGAUCAAGCAUCUCCAUCACCGCAUACUCGAUGUCAGCGCAAUCAAGGAGGCUGCCAGACGCUGGGCACCCCAGGAGGUCCUCAAGAAAUCGCCGUACAAGAAGGGCCUGCACGAGGCCCGUACGGAUAUAUUGGAGAGCAUUGCAGAGGCAAAGUUCUACCGCGAUAUAUUCUUCAAACCUAGCAAACUACCUGAGGCCGAGAGUGAAUCGUAA